AUGACCGACGCGCCCGGUCCCGAAAUCUACCCGCGCUACUGCUUCCAUCUGUCGCCCACCAGCAACAAGUGGUGUCUGCUGCGCGCCGCUGAGGUUCACGCGCUGGACCAGCACGCCGGCUUUGAAGGGGAGAACUUCUUCUUCUACAAGAAUCUACCGAUAAAAUGGGUGCGCGUGGUCGGCGUCGUGGUCGCGAUUGACGACUUCUUCGGCCGGCGCGUCUACACCGUCGACGACAGCAGCGGGGCAUGCAUCGAGGCUCUGAUUACGCGGCCAACCGGCAAGGAUCCCAACGGGAUGGUGACGGAGAAGGCCCAGCAGACGACGACUACGAUGGCCAAUGCCGCCGCCCUUGUCCCGGAAAAGUACAAAGACAUUCACGUGGGGAGCGUGGUCGACGUCAAGGGACAGGUUUCCGAGUAUCGAGGCGAGAAGCAAGUCAUAGUCGAGAACAUGGCCAUCGUCCCAAGUACAGCGCAUGAAGUACUUCUCUGGGAGAAGCGGGCCGACUUUCGGCGAACCAUCCUCGACAAGCCCUGGGUGGUGAGCCGACGCGACCUCCGACGAUGUCGCAAGGAGGCAGAGAGAUCAGAAGAAGAGGAUGCGGCGCGCAAGCGGCGCCGCUCCGAGGCCAAGGAGAAGAAGAGCCGGAGGCAGGAAGAGGAGGCAUUGCGCGGACACGCGAUCACCGGCUCUCGGGACAAAAAGAGCACGCGCAGCCAGGCGAUCAGGGACGAUAUGCGGGAACUAAUCCGCGGCGGCGCUUUGGAGGUGGCGGGGAAAUACAGCGCUUUAGGUCUGUGA